AUGGAUCAGUCUUUGAUAUCUGUCCUUCCCACCUCAUUUCCACAGGAGCCAGGCCUGGACCCCAAGCCCAUCCUGGAGUUGCCCCUCGUGGAGCUGGCUCAGAAGCUGCAGGCGGAAGAGCUGAGUCUGGAGAGUGUCCUCUGUAGCUACUUAGAGGAGGCGCUGAAGGUGCACCAGGAGGUGAACUGCCUGACAGAUUUCCUGGAAGAAUGUGAGGAACAACUGCAGGCAUUGAAGAAGCUCAAGAAGAGUGAGAGAGGCCUUCUCUAUGGGGUCCCCAUGAGUCUCAAGGACCCCUAUGACUGCAUGGGCCAUGACUCUACGUGUGGCCUGGCACAGUUCCUGGAGAAGCCAGCGGCCAAGGACGGGGUCCUUGUGAAAGUGCUGAAGGCCCAGGGGGCUAUUCCCUUCGUUAAGACCAACAUCCCCCAGUCAAUGCUCAGGUCUCUGAA